GGGGAGGGGAAGAAAGAGAGAGACGGAGCUCGGGGAAGAGGAGGCGGAGAGAGAGGUGCGAGGGAGAGCGGGGGGAGAGAGAAGGGGGCGAGCGAGAGAGAGAGGGAGGGAGGAGAUGGAGAGGGAGAUGGCGGAAGGGGACGAGGAGAGGGAGAACGGAGGGGAGGGGGAGGCGGCAGCGGAGGAGGAGGUGGGUUCCAGCCUCACCAGGGAGCGGGUGGCGGCCGCUAAGCAGUUCAUCGAGAACCACUACAGGAACCAGAUGAAGAACAUCCAGGAGCGCAAAGAAAGGCGUUGGUUUUUAGAGAGACAGUUAGCCUCUUCACAAGUUUCAAAGGAGGAGCAAAUCAAUUUAUUAAAAGAUCUAGAGCGGAAGGAGACGGAGUUCAUGCGACUUAAAAGGCAUAAAAUCUGUGUGGAUGAUUUUGAGCUACUCACCAUUAUUGGGAGAGGAGCUUUUGGAGAGGUCAGACUGUGCCGGGAGAAGUCCUCUGGCAAUAUUUAUGCAAUGAAAAAGCUGAAGAAGUCUGAAAUGGUCAGUAGGGGUCAGGUGGAGCAUGUUAGAGCUGAAAGGAACCUGCUUGCUGAGGUUGCGAGCCAUUGCAUCGUUAAGCUCUACUAUUCAUUUCAAGAUGCUGAAUACCUCUACCUAAUUAUGGAAUAUCUUCCGGGAGGGGAUAUGAUGACCCUGCUCAUCAGAGAAGAUACCUUAACUGAAAAUGUGGCUAGAUUUUACAUCGCGCAGAGUGUGUUGGCCAUAGAAUCCAUUCAUAAACAUAACUAUAUUCACAGAGAUAUCAAGCCGGACAAUCUUCUCUUGGAUAAAAAUGGUUACAUGAAGUUGUCAGACUUUGGCUUGUGCAAGCCAAUUGACUGCUCAACACUAUCAACUUUGAAUGAGGAUGAACCAAUGGAUGAUGAAAAUCUUAAGGAGUCAAUGGACAUUGAUGGGAGCUUUUCAGAUACAAAUACAGGUAGCAGGUGGAAAAGCUCCCAUGAACAACUUCAGCAUUGGCAGAUGAACAGAAGGAAACUGGCAUUUUCCACAGUUGGAACACCAGACUAUAUUGCUCCAGAAGUAUUACUGAAAAAAGGAUAUGGAAUGGAAUGUGAUUGGUGGUCAUUAGGUGCUAUAAUGUAUGAGAUGCUUGUUGGCUAUCCACCAUUCUACUCCGAUGACCCAAUAACUACUUGUCGAAAGAUUGUGCACUGGAGGCAAAAUUUGAAAUUUCCUGAAGAGGCAAGGCUGUCGCCUGAGGCAAAGGAUCUUAUCUGCAGAUUGUUAUGUGAUGUUGAGCACAGACUUGGCAGCGGAGGUGCAGACCAAAUAAAGGCCCAUGCUUGGUUCAAAGAUAUUGUUUGGGAUAAACUUUAUGAAAUGGAGGCAGCAUUUAAGCCUGAAGUAAAUGGAGAACUGGAUACCCAGAACUUCCUGAAGUUUGAUGAAUUGGAACCACCUCCAGCAAGAACUGGUUCUGGAUCAAGAAAGAUGUUGCUAAAUUCUAAAGACUUGAGCUUUGUUGGAUAUACUUACAAGAACUUUGAGGCUGUGAAAGGCUUUCAUCAUUCUUUUGAUAUGAAAAGAAGUGCAUCAGCAAAGCAGCUGUCAAUUGAUUCCAUUUAUGCCGAUUCAGCCAUGAACUCUGCAAGGAAAUCAACUGGAGGGGAUACUGACAUACCCAUGGUCUCGUCAGGCGAUGCAAUGUCCCCUUAUACUGAUUAAACAGUUUAUUGGAACUCAUGUGCCCUAUGUGAUGUCUGUGGAAGUGACCUGCUUGUUUUUAGUCAGGUCUGCCCUAUUCGGUUGUCUCCAUCAGCUGUCUAGCAAGCAUUUUGUAGAACCAAACCAGCUUUUAGUUGUACAGUAGUUUGUUAAGGAUGUUUAGAAAAGCCCAGUGUAUUGCGCUGUGCUCGUUGAAAUGUGUUUUGGUGGCAGAAAUGGCGGGGUAUUGUGUGCUGGCUGCCCAGGUUGGCAAGAGCAAAACAUGCCCUCUCUUGCGGCAGUUUCUUGUCUAGUUCUUAUGAUAAUAAGUACUCUAAGCAAGCUGCGGUUAUGUCAAUGUUGUUUGGUGUGUAUUUGAAACCCUGGUAGUUUUAUUUAAUGUCCUCUUACUUUCAAUCACAGAUUGUUUAGAUUA